UCAAAUUCUAGGAAACGCCAUCUUUCCUUGCUUUCCGAGCUUUGAGAAAAAAACGUCAUGGAAAAAAACCUAACUCUCUCUCUCUCUCUCUCUCUGGGAGUCAACGCCUCCAACCCCACAUAUGUAGAAGGAAAGAUGCUAGGGUUUUUCCUUCCUUCCUUCGAAGAUACAAGUAGAGGGGAACCAUCCCGAUUUUCAGCCGUCUGAUAUUUCGCAGCGCCGGAGAUCGAGAUCUCCACGGUCGAUCAUUGCCAACUCGAGGUACGUUCUAGCUGCUUUAAGCUCCGGAUUUCGUUUACUCAUCUUUGAUCGAUCGUUUUCGUCUUCGAUCCCGCUGAAAUUGAAGAAUCUUGAGAUUGACAAGAAAAGGGAUUAUUCUAGAUCAUUAUCUGUUUACUUGCUGGAAAAUCGUUCGUAGAUUAGAUCUUGAUGAACUUAGAAACGGGAUUCGGCUUCUUGAAUUUAUGUAUUUUAGCUAGAAGAUGAAGAAUUUAGGUUAAUUGAUUCAGUUAAUGCGGAUCUGUUUUGAAACAUGGUAAAGCUUAGAGUCUUCGAUUCGGAUUCUGUAAUUUUCGAGUAUUUGUAUUUGUUUUGGUUGAGAAAAUCGGAUGGUUAUUGAUUCGUGAAGAAUCGGGCUGUCUUCCGGGAUAGAAAUGGGGAGAUUCUGCUUUCCGAGAUGCAGAAUCACGAGGGUAAUGGGAUUAGCUCAGCUCGUUCUAGGCGGGCUUGUCAUACUAGUCAGCAUUACCAGUUUAGUUAGAUUCUACUCGGCUGGAUUCUUCUUCCAUGAAGAGGACAUCUGCCGCCAUUUCUAUGGUGUUAAGGAUGGGUAUGCGGAUUUCGACAUGAAAGCCUUGUCUGACCGCGUCGAAGAAGUCCUAUCUAAGAUGGCGGGGCUGCAAGACAAGCUCGAAGCUACCAUGAAAACGAUGGAGAAAAACAUUUCGAGAUCAGAGUUUAAGAGGUUUUUAGAAGAGGAGGUUAUCCAACCUCUGUAUAGUGCCCAUAUAACUCUUAGGCUGAUUCGUAUUCCGAAUGUCGAAGAUUUCAAAUUUGGGGGUUUGAAAGAAGAUCCGCUAAUAAAUUUCUUCACGGUCGAGGAGAUCCGGAAGUAUAUCACUGCGAAGGAGAACCGAUUGGGGAAGAUCAAUAUCUACGGAGUGCACAAGACUUACAACACGCUCGGCCAUGCAUGUGUCUUGAUGAAGAAGGAACUGGAAGAAUACAUGAAUUAUGAUAUUGGGUCUUUCUGUAAAGAUGACUGGAACUUAGCCCAGAAGCUGAUGAUUAAUGGCUGUGACCCGUUACCUCGACGGCGGUGUCUGGCUCGAGCUUCAAAGGUCUACCAGAAGCCGUUGCCGAUCAACGAGUCGUUGUGGAAAUUGCCGGAUGAUCGGAAUGUUAGGUGGAGCAAUUACCGGUGUCGGAAUUUCAAAUGCUUGUCAAGCACAAAUCAAAACAGGGGUUAUUCGAAGUGCACUGGCUGUUUCGAAAUGGAGAAAGAAAAGGUAAAGUGGGUGAUUAAUACAUCCGUUCCGGCUGAUUUUUUGAUAAGCGACGUGUUGGCUGUCAAGCCUGGGGAGGUAAGGAUUGGUCUGGAUUUCGGUGUUGGGACAGGGACUUUUGCCGCAAGGAUGAGAGAGCGCAACGUGACGAUCAUCUCCACCACUUUGAAUCUUGGGGCGCCUUUCAGUGAGAUGAUUGCACUUAGAGGUCUGGUUCCUCUGUAUAUCACAUUGAACCAACGGUUGCCGUUCUUUGAUAACACGCUGGACUUGAUUCAUACAAGUGGGUUUUUGGAUGGAUGGAUUGACAUGCAAUUGAUGGACUUUAUCUUGUUCGAUUGGGAUCGAAUUUUGAGACCUGGUGGGUUGCUCUGGAUUGACAGGUUCUUCUGCAGCAGAAAGGAUCUGGAUGACUACAUGUACAUGUUCUUGCAAUUCAGGUACAGGAAACACAAGUGGGUCAUCACUCCUAAGUCAAAGGAAGAGGUUUAUCUUUCUGCAUUGUUAGAGAAACCUCCUAGGUCUCUAUGAUUGUACCUGUUGUUGCUUCUUCAUUUCUUUUUAUAUGAUCUUGAUCUUAGAUAGACGUACUAAUUUUAUUUCUUUGCAA